AGACGCUCUACAAUGAACAUCAACGAUUAUGCGUUUAACGCCACCAAGGUCGUGCCAAUGCACACCGCUUUUCCUGUCGCAAGCCCCUACCUUAUGACGAAAAACCAGUUACUAGAAGUUGGCAAUGCAGCUUUAAAUGUUGGCUUUCCGUACGUUGUAUUCGCUAUUGUUUUAUUCCUCUAUUAUUUCGUUCGUUGUACCCGAAAUAUGGCCACUGAACCUCCUCGCUCGAUAAAGGAUCCUUCUGUACAUUCAGAGUCUAUUGAGGCUCUCAGUGCUGAUUUACCUCCGAUAUAAAUAAACGUUUUUUUUGACUAAGUGGUAGUGAUAAGUUGUUUUCGUCGAUUUUUCAGAAUUGCAGAGGCAAUCACUUGUUUUGCACGAAUGACAAUAGUAAUUGACCUUGUUAUAGUCAUGUUUGUUUGCACCUCUGUUGAACUGAGCGAUGAGAUAUGUUGCAAUUUAUGGUCAGAUUUGUUUACCUGCAAAGCGAUGACUGUAGAUUUGUUUGAAAUUUCUUAUAUCAUUAUUAGUAUGGAAG